UUGAAGUGAAUUAAAUUUCAAUGUAUGAGAACAAGCCCUUAGCCUUCACCCAAAAAAAAAUAAUAAUAAAAUUGUGUAUUAGAUGUUUUCUAAAACUAUAUUACCAAAAGAUGGGUCAAAUUUUCUACUCAAAAUCCAUAAAAUAAUGAAAAAUAAAUAAAUAAAUAACCACAAACUCACGUUGUUCAUCCCCACAGACUGAUUCACCAACAUCACGUUGUUCAUGAUGAUGAUCCCCUCAUGAAAGAAAUCCAUGGAAGCUUCUGGUAGUUUUCCUCCCCAAAUAGACCUCCCUCAACUUAAAUGCAAAUUAAUGAAUUUAUUCAUCCUUACCAUCAACGUUAAAUUCAUCAAUUAUACAUUCAAAUCCAAUCCAAUCCAACCUUAUUUAUUGUUUUUGUUUAACAUAAAUUCAACUAUAAAUGCAGCAAUAAUCCAGCUCAUUUCAAUUCCAAUUUAAUCACUAAUCACACAUUCAAAUUCAUUGCAUACAAUAAUCUAGACUACAAAUAAACUUCUGUUACGUUGCUAAAGAAAAUAAAAAAUGGUGACACAACCAGAGAGAUUGAGGACAUUUUUCAACAACAGAUGGCUGGUAUUUGUAGCAUCAAUGUGGAUCCAAUCGUUUGCAGGAGUUGGUUAUUUGUUCGGAAGCAUUUCACCAAUGAUCAAGAGUACAAUGAAGUAUAACCAAAAACAACUUUCUUACUUGGGUGUUGCUAAAAACUUAGGCGACUGCGUCGGAUUCUUAGCUGGUGCAGUCUGUCAGAUUCUGCCGUUUUGGGGUGUUUUGACAGUUGGGGUGCUACAUACUUUUCUUGGAUAUGGAUUUCUUUGGCUAAUUAUCGCCAAACGAUUGACUAAUUUGCCUCUUUGGGUGCUAUUCAUUGCCAUAUUUGUGGGAACAAAUGGUGAGACUUAUUAUAAUACAGCUGCUCUAGUAUCAUGUCUGCUAAACUUCCCUGAUAGCCGAGGCCCUGUCGUGGGGAUACUAAAAGGAUUUAAUGGAUUGAGUGGAGCAAUUUUAAGCCAAAUUUAUCACUUCUUCAGCACUACUAAUCGUGAUUUCCUCAUAUUAACGAUAGCUAUUGUUCCCUCAAUUGUUGUUCUUUCUCUUAUGUUUGCUAUAAGGUACGUGGAGGGUCAUCGACAGAAAAGGCCUUCUGACAGUUUGAGCUUUUCGUUUGUCUAUGGUGUUUGCCUCAUCUUGGCUGCUUAUUUGAUGGGUUUUUUGCUCUUUGAAGAGUACUUGAACCAACCUUUGAUCAUAAUUUGCUCUGUAAUCUUGCUCAUUAUCUUGCUACUUCCAUCAAUAGUGCCCAUUCUGCUGUCAUUCUCUCCACAAGUGAAUUAUCCAGUCAAAGAGAGCCUGCUACCUGUUGAAACCAUCAUUAGCGAGGAUGAAAAUGAAGCUGAAGGUAAAAGAAGAGAUCCUCGACUAGGGGAGAAUUUUACCUUGCUACAAGCUUUAGGAAAGGCGGAGCUUUGGCUUACGUUUGUAUCCCUAAUCUUGGGUUCUGGAUCUGGUAUUACAAUCAUUGAUAAUAUGGGUCAGAUAUCUGAGUCUCUUGGGUAUUCCAGUCCAAGAAUCUUUGUCUCAAUCAUCAGCGUCUGCAACUUUCUUGGCCGUGUUGGUGGUGGAUACUUCUCAGAGAUAGUUGUCAGAAAAUACGCGUACCCUAGGCUUUUGGCUUUGGCGAUUGUUCAAGCCAUCAUAGCAAUCGGGCUCUUAUACUAUGCUUUGGGAUGGCCUGCAGCAAUUUAUACAUUAACUGUGUUGACUUCAUUUGGUUACGGAGCACAUUGGGGGAUCGCCCCUGCAGCAAUUUCAGAGAUGUUUGGUUUAAAAUGCUUUGGUGCGUUAUAUAACUUUAUUAUACUUUCAAUGCCUACUGGCUCAUUUAUUUUCUCUAGCAUCCUUGCUAGUCGCAUCUACGACUACUAUGCAGAGAUACAAGGUGGGCUUGUAGACCCUAAACUCGAUUUGCAAUUAGGAGAUGAAGGUUCACAUACUUGUGUAGGUAGAAUAUGUUAUUCCAUCACUUGUGCUAUUUUGACAGGAGUUGUUUGCAUUGGUGUUGUACUUAGUUUGAUUGUUGUUCGACGGACUAGGAGUGUUUAUACUCAUCUUUAUGCGAAGUCACAAGCUUAAUUAAAGGCAUGUGGUUGUAAUCGAAGAAAACUUGAAAGUACAAAAAUUCACUACUGGGUUCAUCCUCUCUCUUUAUUUUAUUAGUUGAGAUAAUUAACUAAGGAAUAUUAGGGCUUGUUCUCCAAGUACUCUACUGUUGUAUAUACGUAGUAUAUUGUAAUGUGGUCGAAUAUUAUGAAUGAGAAACACAUCCGGAAUUUCUGAGACCUAAUUUAAUGGGCUUGUUUGGUAAAUGACUUUUCAUUGGCUUCUUGAUUGGCUUUUGACUUUUUCAUUGGGUCAAACAUUCAAAAUUUGUUUGAUAAAUGGCUUUUUCAGCCAAUUGAAAAGCUGGCUUUUAAGCCAAAAUGAAAAAACUACUUACAGUGGCUUUUAACUACUUAACUUACUAAUAACAUCCAACAACCAAUUCUACCAAACAUGUUUUUAGACUAAUAAAAAGUCAAACAACCAACAAAAAAGCCAAUACAAACAGCCACGCAAACCAGUCAAUCAAACCAACCUACAGCCAACAGCCAAUUGCUAAAUAAGGUCAAUAUAUUUAAACUUAUUUAAACAUAUUACAUCUAGAUUAAGUGAAAAUAAAGUGAAUAAAAUGUACGUAGUCUAGUAACGAGUGGCGUUGAGUGUGUGGCUAAGCUCACACAAAGGAAAGGAAGGCCCAUUGUGAUUAUAAAAAAUCUCAUCGAAGGGGUAUAUUGAAGGUUUCACACUAGUCAGCAACAACUUCCAAAAAUAAGGUGUCAAAUGUGCACACAAUUCACACAACAUUGUUUAACGUGGAGUUAGUGUAAUGGUUCAUUUUAGUUCUAACAAUGAGUGAUAAGUGGCUCUCGUUUUCUUCUCAGUUUUUUUUGGCAGAGAUCUUCGCAUAAACCUUCAUGGCUCAAUGCCUUGGGGCCCAUGGGAAACAUCCUUCUCGAUGUUUUCAUGUUAUUUUUCAGUCAAAAUUAUUUAUCGUAAAAAAAAAAAAUAUAUUGUGCAUAUACGAGUAUAAUUUACUAAAUUAAUUUUUUUUAUUUUUAUUCCAAACAAUUUAUUUGGAAAUCAAUUUUGUGAAAACUACUAUACUCAUGUAGACAACAUAUAUUCAAGCAUCACUUCACUUGUAUAUCUUAAUUAUUACAAAAAUCACAAGGGUAACUUGAGGUGAUCAAAGUGGAGUAAUAUAAUUUGGUGUAUGUAAUUAGUAAAUUAAAUCUCCAAUAACCACCAUUAGUAUGUGAUAAAAUUCUCAUAGAUGAAUUUGUAACUAAUAAUGUAAUUUGAUAUACUGUACAUUCGAAAAUAUAACGAAUGUUUGUAUAUGGGUACAUUAUUUUUAAUCUUGAUCAUUCUUAUCAAUCAAUUUGUUUUCUUAUUAAGGGAUUAUUUCAAUUCUAACAAUAACAUGUGUAGAUUGAUGUAUUUAAUUUUUCAUUAUUCAGCUUAUUCUCAGUUUGUCCUUUUUUAACUUCCUAUAUAUCAUUCUUAAGUUAAACAUUUUUUAUUAUAAGAAAUUUAAAUUAGAUCAAAUUUAACAAAAAUUAGAUAAGAUUAGAAAAAUAACAUUAUACUAUAUACCAAAUAAACUCAAAAUAACAAAAGUUUAAUACGGAGUAUAAAUUAAAUAAAAACAUGUUCAUAGCUAAUCAAAUACUUCCUAAAACAACUAAUUAUACGUAUUAAUUUACUACAUAUAAGUUUAGACCAGAUGAGAUAAUGAAGAUUACGAAAACUAAAAUCGUGGGGGGAAAGUAAUAACAACCCCAUAUUAAUAGGCCUCGAUCUGUCUUAUUAUUCAAAAAUGAGUAGCAGCUAACUUGUCAGAUUAUUAUUCAGAAAUUUAGUAGCGGCGA